AUGUCAGAGACACACACCCAUACCGACUCCUUGAACGGAGCCGACCAUGACCCCGAUCUUCAGAAGAAAGUGAAGAGUAGGAGACCGGCGAGUACGUACCGCACAAGCUCUCUGCAGAAUCUGAUUACAUUGGCAAAGAGGAUGCAGCUGGUGGAUAGUAAUGAAAUACCCAUCCUUACCCCCAAGACCGUCCUUCCUCUCUUUUUCGCCAUUGGCAUCAUAUUUGCUCCUAUCGGGGGUCUCCUACUCUAUGCUAGCGCUCAAGUCCAAGAGAUAGUCCUAGACUACUCGGACUGCCAUGAUGUAGCACCGAAUGGCACCGCGUAUGUCGAUAUGCUGAAGAAGUCCUCCCACUCCUCCUUUAAGUACAACAGCCCGAGUCCCUGUACCAAGAAUGCACCUGCACCGCAGUGGAAGCAAAGCACCAUACAAAAACAAUAUGGCGUCGGUACACCGCCUGUGGACACUCAAGUCUGCUCGCUCCGAUUCAACAUUCCUGACAAUCUCCAACCCCCCGUCCUCUUCUAUUACCGUCUCACCAACUUCUAUCAAAACCAUCGGCGAUACGUGAAGUCGCUAGAUAGCGAUCAGCUCAAAGGCAAGGCUAUACCUGCCAGCACUAUCAAAGGAGGUUCAUGCGAUCCGUUGAGACUGGAUCCUGACGGCAAGCCUUACUACCCCUGUGGGCUUAUCGCCAACUCGCUCUUCAAUGAUAGUUUCAGCAAUCCCAUUCAGCUGAACGUACACAAUAGCCCCCUACCCAACGUCACAUACAAUAUGACCAACAAAGGCAUCGCUUGGAGUAGCGACUCUGCACUGUAUGGCAAAACCAAUUACAAGUUGGACCAGAUUGCUGUUCCACCAAACUGGCACUUGAAGUGGCAGAACGGAUAUAGCGAGGAGAAUCCUCCUUUGCCUAUACAUGAUGAUGAGAACUUUCACGUAUGGAUGAGGACUGCCGGGCUUCCAGCGUUCAGCAAGCUUGCAAUGCGCAAUGACAAAGAAGAAAUGAAGUGUAGCACCUACCAGGUGGACAUCGAGAACAACUUCCCAGUCAACAUCUACGGUGGCACUAAAUCUAUUGUCAUAUCCACACGAACGGUCAUGGGAGGGAAGAACCCCUUCUUAGGUAUUGCCUAUGUCGCCGUCGGUGGCAUCUGUAUAGUCCUGGGCGCUAUAUUUACCGUAACACACAUGAUCAAGCCAAGGAAACUCGGAGACCACACUUACUUGUCCUGGAACAAUGACCAGCCCAGUACCGCAACUGCAACCGGCAUACAACGACCUGGUCAAAUUGAGGCUUAA